CAGCGGCCCAUUCGCUCGCAGGUCCGCGGGAGCCCCCGCCUACUCGCGCAUUCCUCGGCUCGGGCCAGGCUGAGGCGCUGCUGUCCGAGCGGGGGAGCCGAGACGUAGCUCCCGGGCGGAGGAGCCAUGCUGGACUUCGCGAUCUUCGCCGUUACCUUCCUGCUGGCGUUGGUGGGAGCGGUGCUCUAUCUCUACCCGGCUUCCAGACAAGCUGCAGGAAUUCCGGGUAUUACUCCAACAGAAGAAAAAGAUGGUAAUGUUCCAGAUAUUGUGAACAGUGGAAGUUUGCACGAGUUCCUGGUUAAUUUGCAUGAGAGAUAUGGGCCUGUGGUCUCUUUCUGGUUUGGCAGGCGCCUUGUGGUUAGUUUGGGCACUGUUGAUGUCUUAAAACAGCAUAUCAACCCUAAUAAGACAUCGGACCCUUUUGAAACCAUGCUAAAGUCAUUAUUAAGGUAUCAGUCUGGUUGUGGGAACGUGAGUGAAAACCACAUGAGGAAAAAAUUGUAUGAAAAUGGUGUGACUAAUUCCCUGCAGAGUAAUUUUGCUCUCCUGCUAAAGCUCUCAGAAGAAUUAUUAGGUAAAUGGCUCUCCUACCCAGAGUCCCAGCAUGUACCCCUCUGCCAGCACAUGCUUGGUUUUGCUAUGAAGUCUGUUACGCAGUUGGUAAUGGGCAGUACGUUUGAAGAUGAACAUGAAGUCAUUCACUUCCAGAAGAAUCAUGGCACAGUUUGGUCUGAGAUUGGAAAAGGCUUUCUAGAUGGAUCACUUGAUAAAAGUAUAACUCGGAAGAAACAGUAUGAAGAUGCCCUUAUGCAACUGGAAUCUAUUUUAAAGAAAAUUAUAAAAGAACGAAAAGGAAGAAACUUCAGUGAACGUAUUUUCAUUGACUCCUUAGUACAGGGGAAUCUUAAUGACCAACAGAUCCUAGAAGACAGUAUGAUAUUUUCUCUGGCCAGUUGCAUAAUAACUGCUAAAUUGUGUACCUGGGCAAUCUGUUUUUUAACCACCUGUGAAGAAGUUCAGAAAAAACUGUAUGAAGAGAUAGACCAAGUUUUUGGAAAGGGUCCUAUUACUCCAGAGAAAAUUGAAGAGCUCAGAUACUGUCGGCAAGUGCUUUGUGAAACUGUUCGGACUGCAAAACUGACCCCAGUUUCUGCCCGGCUUCAAGAUAUUGAAGGAAAGAUUGACAAAUUUAUUAUUCCUAGGGAGACCCUUGUCCUUUAUGCCCUUGGAGUGGUACUUCAGGAUCCCAGUACUUGGCCAUCUCCAUACAAGUUUGAUCCAGAGCGAUUUGAUGAUGAAUCGGUAAUGAAAACCUUCUCCUUGCUCGGGUUCUCAGGCACACAGGAGUGCCCAGAGUUGAGGUUUGCAUAUAUGGUGGCCACAGUACUUUUGAGUGUACUGGUAAGGAGGCUGCACCUACUCCCUGUGGAGGGACAAGUUGUUGAAACAAAGUAUGAACUGGUGACAUCAUCCAAGGAAGAAGCUUGGAUCACUGUCUCAAAGAGAUAUUAAAGUUUUACACAUUUAACUUUGUUGAGGAAAAUGACCAUUUAGAAAAUCUGUAUUGAAUCCUUUUAUAAACCAAGUAUCGUUGUGUAAUAUAAACGAGUACUUCAUCAUGCAAAUUUGGGUUUUUGUAUAUCAGAUUGUCUUAAUGCAUGAUAUGCAUUUAUACUUAUUGCAUCAAUAUAGUGAUAAUUUUAAUGGGAAGCCUUCUACUUUUAAUUUUUAUUUUAUCACAUUCUAUGCUGUUAUUUUCAUGUGCUUAGCCUUAGUUUGAUCUCUAAAACCAAUAUUCUUGAAGAGAAAUUAUUUAGCACAAUAAUGUUUUCUGAAUAUUCCUAAAAGAGAAAAGUAAUCCUAACUCCUUUUCAUACUUCCAGUAAAUCACCUUAAAGAGGAAAAGUAAGAUUUUCCGUAAUUUUAUUUUUUGGAUUCAUAUUUUUAUUUUCUAAGUAUAAGUUAGUUUAUGUUUAAUCAUUGUUAUUAGAUUUGAAUAAUCAUAGAAUAACCUACCUUGUAUUUGCUAUUGUUAUGCCUUCCCAGACAAACUGUGUUCAUUUCAUAACUGAUACAAGGCUCAUCAUUUUGAACAGUUCUGAAUCAUUUGGAAAAUAAUAUAGUUCUUUUUGAAUGUGUUUUGAGUAUUCCUCUAAGUAGCAAACUAAGAUUGAGGUUUGCUUGUCCUUUUUCAGUGGAAAUCUUAUAAGCACUAUAUUAUUCCACUAAUUCUCAUUUGUGGAAAAAACAAUUCCUUAAUUUGUUUUUUAUUAUUAUGUCAUAUUCUAAACAUAAUGAACUUAAAAUUAAGAAAUGAGAGCUUAUUAAAUCAAAACCAAAAAAAAAAGAUGGGUGAAAAUAUUUGCUAAAUACGUGACAGGGAUGAUAUUGAUAUUACAUAUAAAGAGCUCAUACAAUUUGGUAAGAAAACAUACAGUAGAUUAAUGGACAAAAGACAUGUAUAAACAGCUUUCACGGGGGGGAUACAGCUAAUAAACUUUAGAAAAAUGCUCAUUCUCACUAGUAAGCCAAGAAAUAUUGGGGUUAUUUCAAAAAUAUGUUAAGUAUCUUUCAAGAUUUACAUUUUAGUACUGAUAAGUUUUAUAUUUAAUACUUUUUAUUAACAGCAUUGUAUUUUAGUUCACUUUUUUUGGUUACACUGUUCUUGAAGAAUUUUUUUUUAAAUACGUUUUUUUAAAGAUAACACUGAAGGAAACAAGCCAAGUGCUGAUAGCAAAGAAAAGAAGAAUAAUGAUAAAUGUUUGCAAGUGGGCUUAUGUUUGACACUGCUGAAUUCUACUUGUAAUUUUAGUUUCGAGAAUGUUAUUAACUGAGUUAUUUUGUGCUGUGUUUAUGGUUAUACAGCUAACAUUUUAGACCUAGUCAUGAGUGGUUAAACAUAGAAUCUAAGUAAUCAUAUGCAGCCUUUAUUUCUGACAAAAAUGUUUAAUUUAUGGAAUAAUUUAAAUUCUAAAACUUAAAGUGAAAUGUAUUCAUAGUUCAUAGCAUCAUGUUGUUUCUAAAAAGGCAUGUUGUUAAAUUUAUUCCCUCCGCCUAUUAUUUUCUAUGCUUUUCUGCAUAUAGAGCACCUUCCUUUUGUUAUCCAAGUACCUUCAUUGAUUUGGAAACUGGCAGUGAGAGGUUAGAGUAGGCAAUUGAUGUGUAAACCAAGUGUCAGUAAAAUCAGAUGAGGUAAGUGGAAUUUUAAAGCAAGUGAGACCUGAUCAGCAGCAAUGAUCAGGGCAAAAACAGGGUAGCUGAGCCAGAGAGUUAGGGCAUUGGCAUAUUGCCAAUGAAUGAGGCACUGUAUAAUUACUAAUAAUGAUUGGAAUCAAAGAAAAUAGAGGAGAAUAGAAUCAGCUAAAUAAACACAUUUUACCCAGAGUUACAUGACUAACCUAAAACAUUAAAAAUAAGUCAUCUUCUGGAGGAUUUUUAAAAAAUAAAAAUACUGUUAAUCAUGUAUAAAAUAAGUUAUCCAUUCUGUGUUAUUUUCUUUUGCCAAAUGACCUACAUUUUAGUAGCUUCAGUAUCACUGGUGACUCGUACGUAGCAUGGCUCUUAAGUUUUAUAGCUUUCUGGCUUUUUAAAAACUAUUUCUUCACUGAUUUUGAUUUGCAUUAUUUUUUAUAAUUUAGAGGUUUAUUGUUAAAAAACAUCAACGUAACACAUUUUUUGUGUGUCAUGAAAGGGCUCUUCCAUGUUUUGGGCUCAUAAAAUUCAAAGCAGAAUUAAUUCCGUGCAUGUGUUUGGGAAAAACAAAAAACUAAUAUGCUGGCCAACAAAUGUGCAGUUUCAUUUUAUUAUAUAAAUAGAUUCUAUCUUAUUUGUAGGCCUGAUAUCAAAAUUUAUUUAUUUGUUUUCUUUAUAUUAAAAGUUUAUAUUUUAAACACAAAAUGUUUUAUUUUUAUUAGAAAAAUUAUAUAGGUUUAUUGUAGGAAAAUCUAGGAAAUACAGAAGCACAAAAAUAGCAAAUUCCAUCACCUGUACUCCCACUACUUGAACUUAACCAGUGUUAAACUUCUGAGGCAGAUCAUCCUACUCUCUUUUCUUAUUCCAUAUACAAUUUUUACUGACAUUAUAUGUAAUAUUCUCUUCUUUUAAUGUAUUAUGAAGCAGUAGUGUUUUCUACAGCUGGAACAUGAGUAUUCAUCUCACUCAGAAUGUAAGCACAGACUUUUGUCAUUCUUUUUCUCUUCCUCUUUCGCUUCUCAGAUAUUGUUAUUCUUCUCAUCUUUAAAAAUGGCCUUACUUCUCCACCCAUUCUAUCAAAACAGUUAUAUAUUAGUACACCCAGGUUACUAAAGUCGUAGCACAAUCUAGAUGUUGCAGUGAGCAUUUAAGAAAUGAAAUUACUCUUAUCCUAAUGAAAAUCUUCAAUAUAAUUAAGUUCAAAUUGGGAUGGCAUUUCAACUUCUAAAAGGAAAUUUUAAGAAUCCAUGUUGUUUUUGAACUCCGGGGCAAACACAUAAAGAUUCUUCCCUGAAGACAUCUUUAUUCUUUUUCCUCCAGAUCCACAAAAAGUACUAUUAACCUUUAUAAAAUGUACUUUUUUCACAUGUGGUUAUGUUGACAGAUUGAAAACCGCUUCAAAAACAUACUUCUACUGAAUGUGUAAAAGUGAGGACACGACCAGUAGAAUUAAGGAGUCGUUUAGUAGCUGUGAGAAAACAGCUGCGAGUGAAAUGGACACUUUUCAAGGGCGGGUUUUUAUAAUGUCAACAAAUUGAUGCUAGUGACCUUAUUAUUUUUUAUUUUUUUUCUUAGCCAGUCCUAUGCCUGUUAGCCUAAGUUCCUAAGACUAGUGAUUAAGAUAGAAGGGGAGGAGUUGUGGGGAGGCAGGCUAUGACAACAAAGAGUUACUGUUACUGCAGAAGUCAGAGGAAAUCGCAGGCAAAAAAGGCUCAAUACAAUGUUGCUUUGAGCAUGGUGAGUGACCUGCUCUGAUCAAAAAAAGGACUGAGAUUGAAACUUGCUGAAGGUAGAACAAGGGAUUGGAACAAGCAUUUGUUACAAACCAAAUACUUUAUAUACCCAUCUCCUUUAGUCCUUAGAACAUAACAGUAGGUACAGGUAGGACUAACUAAAAUAGUUUUUAAUUUUUGAGAGAAGAAAUACUGUGAGUGAAGAUAGCAAAUACUAGCUAGGAAACAGUAAGUAAAAAGAUCUAAACUUCAAAUUAUCUUAAUAUCUUCAGUGGGGUUUAAUGGUAUAUUUUAUUUUUAUUUAAGAGAAUCAAGCAAUAGUUUCAAAUGAUACACAGUUCAUAAUAGCUAAAGAAGAUGAUUAAAAGAGUAAUGUAACAAUAGUGUUAGAAGAAAUCUUAAAAAAGAAAACUAAUAAGCUGCCAUCAGCAGCCAUUUGUAUAACUUGAUUUUUUUUGUUGUUACCACUUACAUGUAUUUUUACCUAUUGCAAUCACAACAAUACGGUCUACCUUUCAUUUAAAGCAUUUUAAACAUUUUUCUUUGUUACUUCAUUUUUGUAAGGUCUUCUUUUGGGGGGUUGGACUUUUAAAAUAUAAGUCAAUUUCAUGUUUGAUUUAUAGAACUUUAUGAUGCUGAGUGAAUGGAUAAUUCUUAAAUUUGAACUGGGAGCCAUUUUGUAAAAUAUCCAGGUAAUAAACAAAAAGGCAGGAAAUGACAUUCCUUCUUCUAGUCUGCUUCCCAUUUUAUCAGUUCAUAGUUUGGUGGCUGUCUUUCUACGGAUUGGGAAUGAAUAUUGUUACAGCACGGAUAAAAUGCCAGGAACAAUAAGUCACAAAUAAUCCUGUUUGGUAAUUUAAAAUUUUUUAUUUACAUCUAAAAUACUGGCAAAUUCUUGUUUUAAUUUUUAACAAGUGAUGGUAGAGAAUGAAACUGUGUCACCCCACCAGUAUAACUGUAUCGUAGAUAAAGUUGUAAAGUGCCUGUCUCCAAAAAGACAAUCAGUAAACAUUUUUUAAUAAAUGAAUGAAAUCUUC